UUUGUCUUUGUUGUGUUUUUUUCUUUCUUUCUUUUCCCUCCAUCAAUAGUCCCGCCCGUUCAUGAUGGCCAGGAAGCAGGCUACUGAAGCCCUGGCGGUCUCAAACGGAUCACCCAAGAAACGGUCCAGCGCCGACAACGACAAUCACGAUGUUAAGCGGCCCCGGCUACAGGAGAGCACCGACAAGGCGCGUUGGCGUUUGAGCAGUGAGGGCGGCCGACACACAUGGCACUAUCUCGAGGAUGACGAGGCUACAAAAGAAUGGCCGCAGUCAUAUGCUGACAAGUACUUCCUGGGAAUGCCUCUGGACCUCCCCGAACUUCCCAAGGCGACGAACCCCCUCGAUGCGGUACGAAAUGGCCUUACUUUCUUCGAAAAGCUCCAGCUCCCCGAGGGCCAUUGGGGUUGCGAGUACGGCGGCCCCAUGUUCCUCCUCCCCGGUGUUGUCAUCGCUCGCUACGUCACCAAGAACCCCGUCCCUUGGUAUUAUGCUACCGAGAUCAAGAACUACCUGUUUGCACGAGCGAACCCCGUCGACGGCGGAUGGGGGCUACACAUUGAAGGCGAGAGCACCAUGUUGGGUACGACGCUGAACUAUACAACGUUGCGCCUUGUGGGUGUGGAGGCAGACCAUCCGGUCAUGGUGAAAGCGCGAGCAACAAUGCAUAAGAUGGGAGGUGCUAUUUACGCGCCACACUGGGCCAAGUUCUGGCUCACGGUAUUGGGCAUUAUGAAAUGGGAAAUCGUAAACCCUGUCCCGCCCGAGCUUUGGCUUCUCCCCGACUGGGUGCCGAUUGCGCCGUGGAGAUGGUGGAUUCAUAUGCGCCAAGUCUUUUUGCCCAUGAGUUACCUUUGGUCCAAGAAGUGGCAGGCGGAGGAGACGGACUUGAUUCGGGAGUUGCGCAAUGAAUUGUUCGUAGAGGACUGGAACAAGAUUGACUGGGCUGAAAACCGCAACACCAUUCACCCCAACGACAAUUACCACCCAAAAACCGCUUUCCUCAACACAGUCAACUGGCUUCUUGUAAACAUCUGGAAUCCCGUCUUCCGGACCAAGUACUUGGUAGACAAGGCAGAAGCAUGGGCGUCGGAGCUCAUCGACAUGGAGGACGAAAACACGGAUUAUUCUGACCUAGCCCCUGUCAACGCCGCGAUGAAUACCGUUUGCUGUUAUGUUCGGGAUGGACCUGGCGCCUACUCUGUACGAAGGCAUGUGGAAAGGCUAGAUGAGGUACUCUGGGUCAACGCCGAGGGUAUGCUUUGCAAUGGCACAAACGGCGUGCAAUGCUGGGACACUGCCUUUGCAAUCCAGGCUAUCAUGGACGCCGGCCUGACUGAAGACCCACGCUGGAGGCCGAUGCUUAUCAAGUCAUUGGAAUUCCUCGAGGACCAGCAGAUUCGAGAAAACGUCAAGGAUCAGGAUAAGUGCUAUCGCCAUCCCCGCAAGGGUGCUUGGGCAUUUAGCAACAAGGACCAAGGGUAUGCAGUCAGCGACUGUGUCUCCGAAGCGUUGAAGUCCGUCAUCAUCCUGCAAAAGACGCCAGGCUUCCCUACUCUGAUUGAUGACCAGCGUAUUUUUGACGCCGUUGACACGAUGCUUACCUACCAAAACCCAUCUGGCGCCUGCUCAUCCUACGAGACUCCACGCGCCGGCCAGUGGAUGGAGGUUUUGAAUGCCGCGGAAGUGUUCGGUAACAUCAUGGUCGAAUAUGAAUAUCCCGAAUGCACCACGGCCGUUCUCACUACACUCUCGCUUUUCAAGAAACACUGGCCCAAUCAUCGCACAGCCGAGAUUGACAACUUCAUCACCCGCGCCGUCAAGUGGAUUAAGAGCAAUCAGAAGCCUCACGGUGGUUGGUAUGGCAAUUGGGGCAUUUGCUUCACGUACGCCACUAUGUUUGCUUUGGAGAGUUUGGCCAGCGUUGGUGAAACGUAUAAGAACAGCAAAUAUGCCAAGAAGGGAUGCGACUUCCUCAUCGCCAAGCAAAGGGAGGACGGCGGUUGGUCUGAGAGCUACAAGGCAUGUGAGACGGGCAAGUAUGUUGAGCAUCCAACUGGAUCCCAAGUGGUCAUGACCGCCUGGGCCCUUAUUGGGUUGAUCAAGGCCAAAUAUCCCGAUAUCGAACCGAUCAAGAAGGGCAUCAAGUUGAUCAUGGACCGUCAGCAGCCUAACGGAGAGUGGCUGCAAGAGGCUAUCGAGGGUGUUUUCAACAAGAGCUGCAUGAUUUCUUACCCGAACUACAAGUUUAGCUUUCCGCUGAAGGCACUGGGCUUGUUUGCCACACGGUAUCCGGACGAGAAGGUCGUUUGAACGCUCAGCCGGAUGCAGAUAUUGCUAGAUGACGUUGCAAAGUCCGGAUGGAGGAAUGAUACUGUGUGGCCUACAUAAUGUUAAUACAUAUGAUUUGAUGUCAAGAUACUGUAAUGUCUCGCGAAAUUGGGAUCCGAGAUAUCCAGGUGGAGGUAAACACCUGUACUGUACAAUUUUCAUGACCUUCCUAUAGCAGUGAAUUUCCCUACUACAGAGGGAUCUCGGAGGCCCAAUGGGG